AUGCCGGUAACCAGGUCGCAGAAGGAUGCCCCCUCACGUCCCGGGUCCCGUCCUUCAGAUAGGGACGCGACAGAUGGAACGUCGGGAUCAGAAGGGGUCACGUCAGCGUCGGCGUCAUCGGGAACUGCAACUACAUCGAACACUUCUUCGGGUACCACGACCACGGAGGGCACCACAGUGACGGAGACUACGGUUACGACUGCAACUACGGCGGCGUCUAUGGAAGGCAACAAAGAAGAUGCUGCACAGAGGAUGACCAGGAAGAGCCAAGAAGAUGUACCUGGAAAGGAUGUUCAAGGCUCCUCCAAGACCCUGAAACCGAUGGGGGUCAGUCGUCGCGCCAGGUCCACGAAGACCACGAGUUCCUCGGCCAGAAGACGCGAGCUAGAAGCAAAGGAAGAGUUGGCACGCCUGGAGUUGAAGCAAGCACAGGCUGAAACUAAGCUAGCCCGUGUCAGAUUGGAGAUGGCACAGUGUGAAGAAGAGGACUCCGUGGAUGAAGACCUGGAAGACAGAACAGCACAGGUGCAGAACUGGAUCGAGACGUCUGUGCUGGAGGAUGGCAACAAAGUUCAACCAGAGAUGCGAGGUCCACACCCCUUGGAAGAGCCACAGAAGAUGAAGCCUGAAGAGAACUUCUCAACGAGAGGAGCUACGAUUGAAAUUCAAGCACUGACGGCAGCAUUGAAGGAAGCUCUUACCACGCGAGGACCAGCAGGACAGCCAACCUACAUUCACGAGUUACCCUACUUCGACGGCAACAGCAGCGAGUGGAUGGCCUUCAAGGUUGUCUAUGAAGAUACAGCACCGAUGUUCAACAGCGUCCAGAAUAUGGCUCGGCUAAGAAGAGCACUGAAGGGCAACGCAAGAGAAGCUAUCAAGAGUCUGCUGUACUCCGAAGCCUCUCCGAUGGAAGUGAUUCAAGCCCUCAGAAGAAGAUAUGGAAGACCAGAUGCACUGGUGCUGGCAGAGUUGGACAAGGUCAAAACGUUGCCGAAGAUUUCUGAAAACCCAAGGGACAUAUGCCUCUUCGCGAGCCAGAUCAGCAACAGCGUAGCGGCAAUAAAAGGAUUGAAGAAACCACAGUACCUGCAUUCACCUGAGAUGGUGAAACAAAUUAUUGAGAAGAUGCCUACGAUCCUCAAGUUCCGAUGGUACGACUUCAUUGAAACAACAGAAGAAGGCGAGUUCUCCGACCUAACACUGGUGUCCAAGUUCCUGAACAGAGAAGCAGACAAGUGUGGAGCCUAUGCAUCAACAGAAGAGAAGAGCGGGUUCAGACGGACUCAUCGACAAGCAACGCAUUCAACUAAGGAAAAGGACUUCAAAGAAAAGGUUUCAAGAUCAGAGAAGACUUGCCCCAUGUGUGAGGGUGAACACUUCCUCGUCGGGUGUCAGAAGUUCCUGAAGGCGUCUGUGCAAGAUCGAUGGGCAAUAGUGAAGAAAAGCCGCGUUUGCUUCAAGUGUUUACAAGGGACACAUCGGAAGGAGAGCUGCAAGAAGCCGUCGUGCAAGGAAUGCAAGAGGUGGCAUCAUCAUCUGCUGCACGUCGAGACAGAGAAAAGUUCCUCGGAAGAACAGAAGAACAAACCACAAGAAGUGGCGAGCAUCAUGGCAUCGGUGAAUGCGGUCAACAACGCAAGGGCAUACCUGAAGAUAAUUCCGAUAGAAAUCUUCGGGUCAAAAGGAUCAAAGAAGAUAUUGGCCCUCAUGGAUGAAGGGUCAACAGUGUCGCUGCUAGACCAGAAGGUAGCAGAAGAAAUGGGCGCUCAAGGAAGAAAGGAGGAACUGGUCAUCGAGACUGUUGGAGGCAGGCUGAUAAGGAAGGAAGACUCUCAGAUGCUGGACCUUACGGUGAAGGGGAUUCAUCAGAAGACCAAGAAGACCUUGAGAAGAGUCCGGACCAUCGACGAGUUGAAGCUUGCACCGCAGUUCCUAGAAAAGAAAAGGAUAGAAGAGUGUCAACACUUGAAGAAGAUUGCUGACUCUCUAUAUUAUAAGGGGGAGUCACCACAGCUGCUCAUCGGUCAAGACAACUGGGAGCUAAUCGCGACUCAAGAAGUAAGAAGAGGGAAACCAGGACAACCAGUCGCUUCAAGAACAGGACUUGGAUGGGUGCUCCACGGGUCAGACACUGGAGGCGCGAAAGUGGUGCACUUCUUAAACACGUGUCUACAUGUCAGCACGCCAGAAGAAGAGAUGCAUCAAGCCAUCAAGGAUCACUUCGCAAUCGAAGCACUUGGAGUACUACCAAGAAGACCCACUACGGAUUCAGAAGGAAGAGCACUCACCAUCCUAGAGAAGACCUGCAGAAGACUAGAAGAUGGUCGAUUUGAAGCUGGACUUCUAUGGAAAAAUGAAGAUGAACAGAUGCCUGAAAGCUACACGUCUGCCAAGAACCGAUUGUUCAACAUUGAAAAGAAGAUAGACAAAGACCCUCAGCUGAAGGCAGAAUACAAUAAGCAGAUCCAGCAUCUAAUCGACAGCAAGUAUGCAGAAGAAGCACCUGGUGGACAAGAAGAUUCAAAGAAGACAUGGUACCUCCCUCAUUUCUCCGUGGUACAUCCAUUGAAGAAGAAAAUAAGGAUCGUCUUCGACGCUGCAGCCAAGUCUAAAGGGACAAGCCUCAACGACGCUUUACUACCGGGACCAGACCUACUGCAAUCGCUCUUCGGGGUAUUACUGAGGUUCCGGCAAGGCCCGUUUGCAGUGGCAGCCGACAUAAAGGAAAUGUUCCUGCAAGUUCGCAUCCGGCCAGAAGAUAGAAACAGCUUGAAGUUCCUGUGGCGAGGGGAUCGUCGUGACGUAGCACCGAAGGAGUACAGAAUGACAUCAGUCAUCUUCGGCGCGACAUCAUCUCCUAGCACAGCGAUCUACGUGAAGAACCGGAACGCGGCGGACUACAAGAAGCAGUACCCAGAGGCAGCAAAGGCAAUCGAGCUGAACCAUUACAUGGAUGACUACCUGCACAGCUUCCAUUCAGAAGAGGACUUCAAAAGAAUUACAGCGCAGGUGGACUUCAUUCACAAAAAGGCGGGCUUCGAACUCCGAGGAUGGGCGUCAAACCACUCCGACCUGCUGCAAGACGUGAAGACUGAGUCAGUUGAGAAGACAGAGGUGGACCUUGGUGAGAAGGAAGAGAAGACACUGGGACUACGCUGGUUUACAGAAAGGGACUCCAUAGGCUUUAGGGCGAACCUUCGGAACACGCCAGAUGAAGUGGCACAAGGACUCAAGGUACCUACGAAGAGAGAAGUCACCAGCGCCGUGAUGUCGACCUUCGAUCCACUAGGGCUAGCAUCACCAAUUCUCAUCCAAGGCAAAAGGCUGCUCCAGAACAUAUGGCGAAGUGGCGUCGGUUGGGAUGAAGAGAUAGAAGAAAAGGAGUACGAGUCAUGGAAGACUUACCUGGAGAAGAUGAAGCUGCUCCAAGACCUUCAGAUCCCGAGAUGUCUGGCACCACGUCGCACCGAGGGGGAGCUGCACACGUUCACGGAUGCAAGCGAAAUGGCGUAUGCAGCUACGGUAUAUUGGAGAACUGAAAAUCAAAAUGGGACUUAUGACGUCAGCUUAGUAGCAGCAAAAACUCCAGUAUCGUGCUAUCAUGGAUCAAGACGGACCCGAGAACCUUCAAGACAUUCGUGGCUCAUCGCUUGGCGGAGA